AUGUCCAUCGCCGCCAAAAUCCUACCUCGAACAACUCCAAAGUUAUUCUCAAUCCCAAAAGCCCACUUCUACAAUACAACUCCGAAAAUGACGCUCAUCCUCGAGUCCAGCAUUGUGGCCGCAAAUGAGGCGUAUGCCGCAAAGUUCACCCCGGAGGACGUGAAUCUCCAGCUUCCGCCGGUGAAAGAGGUUGCCGUUGUAACAUGCAUGGACACCAACAUCAUGCCCGCCUCAGCACUGGGCUUCAAGCUCGGCGACGCCCACCUUAUCCGCAACGGCGGCGGCAGUGCCCGUGAAGCGCUGAGGAGUCUGGUUGUGUCGCAGCAGUUGUUCGGGACGAAGGCGAUUUUGAUCAUUAAGCAUACCGACUGCGCAAUGACCAAAUUCGACAAUCCCACCAUCCAGAGCCUCAUCAAGAAGAACCUGGGCGUCAACGCCGACGAUCAGGAUUUCGGGUCCAUUGAAGACAUAGAACAAGCCGUCAGGGACGAGGUCGAAUUUCUCAAGACACACGAACUAAUCCCAGAGGUGGUCCGUGGAAAUACCACGGGGUGGAUAUAUGAUGCGAUGACGGGCAAGCUUACGAAGGUCGUUUAG